GUCCCCUCCUCCUCUGUCGUCCCCCAUAACGACCCCACCUUGCUGUAGGCAGGAAGAUUCCUAUACUAUGUAUUCCUUACGGCUAACCUAGACGAAAGCUUCACCAAUGCGGGCAUGAACCAGUUCAAGCCCAUUUUCCUGGGGACAAUCGGCAAGACGGAUCCUAUGGCUAGUCUGAAGCGCGCGGUAGAUACACAGAAGGUGGAUUUCCCUCGUCUGCUCUAUCUGGAGUCCUCAUUGCUGAUGUUGUCGCUCGCAGUGUAUCCGUGCCGGUGGCAAACAUAAUGUUCGUUGACCCUCUCCCCACCCUGCCCUAUUCUGGAGGGACUGCGACUUAUACAACUAAUCUAGGAUCUCGACGAUGUCGGUAAAGACAGUUACCACCAUGUAAGCAGCGGUUCUACACCCGGGAGGAGCUGCAUGGCUGAUAUGAGGACAGACUUUCUUCGAAAUGUUGGGCAACUGGUCCUUUGGAG